AGAUUUGACGGCAGUAUUGGAGCUGGCUGCGCUUAACGUGGGGAGAGUUAAGGCCGCACUUGCUUCCUCAACCACCUCCAGAGUCCAAAGAGGAGGGUGGGAGGCCUCUGGCAAGGACCUCCAGAGGAGGCUGGUGGAGAAAGUGUCGCCCCCACUGCGGGACACAGAGCCUCUGUGGUCUGGAGCGCCCGAGUGUGACCUCAAUGAAGCAUCACUACCCAUAUUUACACUUUGUUCACUGUUCAAGGUUUGUACCUUGCUAAAGGAGGAGGAUACUGGACGGACCCAGCAAACUGCAGAUGUUGAACAUCCCGGAGUCACGGAUGAGGACACUAAUCACACACUUACUUGAUGACGGUGUGUCAAGUUUCACUAGUAAACUGAGGUAGCCAGCUAGUGUUUGGGACACUUGCUGAGCUCCUCACCCAGAGACUGUACCUGAACUUGUGCUAUUUGAACAAUUGCCCACUUGAAAGAGAACUGACAGUAACUGCAUAACAGUUCUUCAAAGGAUUGUUUUAGGAUAUUUUUGAACCUAUACAUUCCAUUAGGGCUUAAUUUUCAAAGUAUUUCUAUUUUUAUGAAUCAAGUUCUGGAAASGACCACAAUACCAGAAUGAAAUAACAGCCGCAGGUGAAAACUUUACAGGUGCUACUCCUGUUGUGGUUAUUCUGAGUUUUGUUGUGGUAUUAAUAGAACAGAAGGUGUUCUUGGGCACAGGGUUUGUAGCUUGCCAAUGUGUUAGUUGCCAAAGCUUUAGGUUCCCAUUGAGUUAGUAGAUUUUUCAUUACAUUCAGUUUAUUCCUCAGCAAAAAAAAAAAAAAAAAAAUUGUAACAAGUUUAAAAAAUUUGUGACAAGAAAUGGACUUGAUUUACUAAAGAUUAAUGCUUCUGUAGUGGUAAAAUCAUUUUGCCAUGAUAGAAGACAUGUUUUCGGAAGAAGACAUCUGGGAAUACAAAUCUAAAAGAAAACCAAAACUAGGACAUCCAAAUAAUUGCUCUGAAAAUAUUCCAAAAUCGGUUGAAAAAGCAACAGAUGGGAAAUACCAGUCAAGACGAAAAGGAAACAAAAAGAGAAACAAAGAAGCUAAAGGAAGGGUGGACUGUGAAAUGUGCUUUGGAGAAACCAGUUCCCAGACUCCUGUAUCUUCUAGUCAGAAUUCAAGUUGURGAGAUGGUAGUCAACAGUCCCAAGACCAAGAGACCACUCCAGGAAGACACCGAAGAACUCAAAAGCUCAAGCAAGUGUCCCCAAAGCCGCGUCCAGUUCACGAUGGGUACUGCCCAUACUGCCAGAUGCCUUUUUCCUCAUUGCUAGGCCAAACACCUCGAUGGCAUGUUUUUGAAUGUUUGGAUUCUCCACCAUUGUCUGAAACAGAGUGUCCUGAUGGCCUUCUGUGUACCUCAACAAUUCCUUCUCAUUAUAAGAGAUACACUCACUUCCUGCUUGCUCAAAGUAGGGCAAGUACUGAUCCAUUUAGCAGCCCAUCACAUGUGGCAGGUGGGAGUUUCAGUGAGACCCAGCCAGGCUUUUCUUGUAGCCUAGAGGAAAGAUGGUCUCUGCAUCAGAAACAAACUGAGAACUUAAAAAACAUUUCAAAUGAUCCCUUGUUGAUGACACAGUGUCUAAAAAAGUCUCAGCCUCCAACUGAAACCAAUAAAAAGAUUUCUUCUACAAAUAGUCAGACCUCGAAGCAAGCUUUACAUUUUACAGCAUUUGUUAAGAAUGACAAACUGGUAAGAGCCGGUUUGCCUUUUGCUGGGGCAGAAUUAGACAGCCACAACAACUCACAACGCACACAUUUGCCAUUGCCAGAAAAUGACUUUGGCAGCUGUGAAAUCUCCUAUUCUCCACUUCAGAGUGACGAAGAAACUUAUGAUAUAGAUGAAAAGCUGGAUGAUUCACAACAGGAACUAUUUUUUUCUGAGAGUUCUAAAGAUGGCAGCCUAGAAGAAGAUGAUAGUUCUACCAGUUUUAAAAACCUCCCUGGUCCCUUCCUGAAGGACCUGGAGGAGAGCUGCCCCAAAGUGAAUAGCUUCUUAACCCAGCAGAAUAACACUAAAGAAUUGUAUAAGUGCAGUGYUCUAGAUUCUUCUCAACUUAGCUCCCAAACAGAGUGUAGUAUUUUAUAUGAUGAUCCAGAAUAUGCUGGUGGACGGUUUUUAUUGUCUUCACCUGCAUUAAGAGGGGAGCCUGCUGCUUCUAAUUGUCAGACCACUAAAUCAAAGCCUGGUGAGCCAGACUUUCACGCAUCUCAACCAAAUAAACAGAAACAGGUGAUUGAAAACCCAACUGUACCACUACUUCAGAGUAAGAUGUCAGAACCUUUUGGAAGCCAGGGAAGAGAGUGUCUUCCUUUGACCCAAAGUAAAAUUAGACAACUAUCAAGUGAGAACUUCUGUACUAGAAAUGAUGCUAACUCACCAUAUUUCUGCAGAAAGAUAUUGGAUGGUAUGUUAGAUGGUGGCAUUACAGUUUUGAAUACAGGAAAAAAAUCAAGUACACCUACUACUGCUAAGUCUCCUUUGAAGAUAUUGCCUUCUGAUCCUAAGUGCAAUGAAAGAAAUCCUUCUACCAAGGUAAUGAAGCAGAUGGAUAUAGGUGUGUAUUUUGGACUGCCACCGAAAAGAAAAGAAGAGGAAUCACUGAGGGAAAGUGCAAUAGAUGGGAUGAACUUAAAUCCCAUUGUAAGUCCUAAAGGAAAGAGGUCCCGGCAGUACAAGAGGAAAGCAGAAAAAUCUUUAAGUGAUUUAGAAUUUGAUGCAAAGGACUUAAAUGAGAGUCAACUUUCUGUGGAACUGCCUGCUGAAAGGUCACAGCGGCAAAGAAAAAGACAUAAAAAGUCAAAUUCACCACAGGAAGGAGUACGUGGGAAGAGGUCAGGCCACCUUAUUAACAAUACAGAAUUGGGAACAACCAAUUCCAUUGAAGACAAUACCUUCAAAAAAUCGGCUCAUGGAAGGCUGCAAAGAGGUUACAUGAGAUUUUCGGACUCAGCUAAUUCAGGGGAAUUAAGAAAAAAGACAUGUCCCUUCUAUAAGAAAAUACCUGGAACCAGCUUCACAGUUGACGCCUUUCAGUACGGUGUGGUGGAAGGCUGCACGGCCUAUUUUCUCACCCAUUUCCAUUCUGAUCAUUAUGCAGGAUUGUCUAAAAACUUCACAUUUCCAGUCUAUUGUAGUGAGAUAACUGGCAACUUGUUGAAGAGCAAGCUUCAUGUGCAAGAACAAUAUGUCCAUCCAUUGCCGAUGGACACUGAGUGUUUGGUGGAUGGUGUCAGGGUUGUUCUACUUGAUGCCAAUCACUGCCCAGGUGCCACCAUGAUCCUUUUCUACCUUCCUAAUGGUGCUGUUGUAUUGCACACUGGAGACUUCAGAGCGGAUCCCAGCAUGGAGCGGUCUCUUCUUGCAGGCCAGAAAAUCCACACGCUGUACCUAGACACCACCUAUUGCAGCCCAGAGUACACCUUUCCAUCUCAGCAAGAAGUUAUCCAGUUUGCCAUCAACACCGCCUUUGAGGCUGUAACUCUAAACCCCCGUACUCUGGUUGUCUGUGGCACUUACAGUAUCGGAAAAGAGAAAGUCUUCCUAGCUGUUGCUGAUGUUUUAGGUUCAAAGGUGGGCAUGUCCCGAGAAAAGUUUCAAACAUUGCGGUGCCUCAAUAUGCCUGACAUUAAUCCCCUCAUCACCACAGACAUGUGGAGUUCAUUGGUCCACCUUCUCCCAAUGAUGCAAAUUAAUUUUAAGGGUUUGCAGAAUCAUUUGAAGAAGUAUGAUGGGAAAUAUGAUCGGAUUUUGGCUUUUCGACCCACGGGAUGGACGCACUCUAGCAAGUUCUCCAGCAUAGCAGAUAUUACUCCUCAGACCAAGGGAAACAUUUCAAUAUAUGGAAUUCCUUACAGUGAACACAGCAGCUACCUAGAGAUGAAGCGUUUUGUCCAGUGGCUGAAACCGCAGAAAAUCAUACCUACCGUAAAUAUUGGCACCUUGAAAUCUCGGCACACAAUGGAGAAAUAUUUUAAAGAGUGGAAAUUGGAAGCUGGAUAUUGAUGAUACCACCACAGAGGAUUCAGCAGUAGUUAAGUUCCUUGGGUGUAGUUAGUAGUUAAAUGGUAUGAAAUACAUUUUAUGUGAACUGCCCCAUGAAGAUCACAUACUUUAUUUUCUCAUUUAUAUUUGAAUAAGAUAUUCAUGGUGCUGAAUGCCUCUCAGAAUCAUCAAAAGUAACUGGGUACAGUGAUACAUUUCUGUAAUCCCAGUGACUUGGGAAGAUCAGGAGUUUGAGGCCAGCCUCAGCAACUUAGCAAGGCCCUGA